CCAGUGUAGAAGAUGAUGACGUUUAACAUGGUGACACUUGUUGUUCCAGGUAACCAGCUGGAGACCAACGUUACUCUUUUUCAUGAAGAGACAAAGGUGAAGUUCUCGGAACUGUCUGAGGAGCUUCUGUGGGACCAUUCUUUUGUUUCAAGGGACAAGGCAGGUGGCUAUGGAAUUCAGGCGCUCGGUGGGAUGUUAGUUGAAUACGUUCAUGUGGACUUUUUGAACGUGGUGGGAUUUCCCCUCAAUCACUUCUGCAAGAAGCUGGCUGAAAUCAACAGUUCAUUGGAAAGCCAGUCUACGGCAAGCAAUGCCACGUUUAGUGGUUCCGUAAACCAGGACAAGAUGAUGGAUGCAGAAAAGGGCCUGAAGUCUGACCAAACUACACCAAUGGAAGCAAAGCCAAAAGGUUUGGGUGCAACGCCACAAAUCGCUACCACUGAGGCACGAGAGUCAGAAGUGCCCGACAGUUUACCAAGGACAUCCGGCCACGUUGAGAUGAAUGAGGGCCUCCUCAAAGUGGCAGAUCUGGUGUACGGUUUCAAAGUGUCAAAGGUGCCGAAAUUACAUUGUGAACAGAAUAGAUUAAAGACCACAGUGGAUGGGACAGAACCUCUCUUAGAUGCGUGCGUAUCACUGGGCUUAGUAGAUAAAACGCCGGGAACUUCACAAUUUCCAGGAAACAUCUUCACAGACGAUAUACCGCAGGCAGAACUUGACAUUCUUGGACAUGUUUGGAAGGAAGACAAGAUCGAUCUCCUGUUAAGCAAGCUCUCUCACAGAUGCAAACCAGGAUGUGGCCUUCUCCUGACUGAGAUUGUGCUGUAUGAUCGGAAGACCAAACCCUGCAGAGCCCUCCUGCAGAACCUCGGCUUGAUGAUGGAGAGUGAAGGGAAGGAGAGGAGUGGGUCCGAGUACAGGAAACUCCUACAUAACCACGGCUUCACAAACGUGCACAUCAAGCACACAGGAACUAUUCUGGAUGUCAUUUUUUGCACGAAGCAGUAAUUCUUC